CAGGUGAUGCUAGUUAAAAGCAUCUACUGAAAGAGUAGGAGAAGAUGGCCACUCUGAACCAUGCCAGCUCUAACACAGACUCACCAGCAGCCCUGGAGAAGGCGAAGACCCCUGGUGGUCUGCCGAGCCCCCAGAUAGCCAGUGAGCCGCAUGACUUCCGAGGUCCCCUGCUUCUGCCAUCAGGAAAGGAGGUUGACUCGGAGGAUGAAGGCGUCGCUCCAGCUGGGGGUGCCUCAGGUUGUAGCAGCAGGGCUUCUCGGACCCAGAGCCCCCGGCCCUGUUCGGUGGAGGCGGUGCUGGCCCGAAAGAAGCACCGCAGGCGGCCGUCAAAGCGCAAGCGGCAUUGGCGGCCUUACCUGGAGCUGAGCUGGGCCGAGAAGCAGCAGCGAGAUGAGAGGCAGAGCCAGAGGGCCUCCCGGGUCCGCGAGGAGAUGUUCGCCAAAGGCCAGCCCCUGGCUCCCUACAACACCACCCAGUUCCUCAUGAACGACCGAGACCUGGAGGAGCCUGACUUGGACGUGCUCCACGGGCCAUCGCACCCAGGCUCCAGCGGGGAGAACGAGGCAGGGGACAGCGAUGGGCAGGGCCGAGCUCACGGGGAGUUUCAGCAGAGGGACUUCUCGGAGGCCUAUGAGCGGUACCACACCGAGAGCCUGCAGGGCCUCAGCAAGCAGGAGCUGGUGCGAGACUACCUGGAUCUAGAGAGGCGGCUGUCGCAGGCCGAGCAAGAAACUCGGAGGCUCCAGCAGCUGCAGGGGCGCCCCGGCAGGCAACCCUGUCAACAGGUGGAAGAGCUGGCUGCUGAGGUGGAGAGGCUCCGGACUGAAAACCAGAGGCUCCGGCAGGAGAACGAGAUGUGGAACCGAGACAGCAGCUGCUGUGACCAGGAGAAGCCAGCCACAGAAGGGACCCCCAGGCCCAAGGAUGAGGCCCCAUUUCAUACCCAGGCAGGCCAGCUGGGUCACAGGGAGGCAGGUGACAGAUGAAAGCUACUCCCCGCAACCCCUCCCUCCACUGAGAACUGCUAAGACAGGUCAGAGUUUCCUCUUGUCAUCUCCAUGAUUGGGUCUUGGAUGUCAUCUUACCUUUUACAGAGGAAUUAAAUGACCUUGUGAGAACCA